UGGUUUUAAAAUUCCUGGUCUGGGAGACUUGUUGAGGGAAGAUGUUGCCUUUUACAGGAACUUUGAAUAAUGGCGAAAUAGAAGUUUUCAGUUAACCCUGGAAUGAGAGGGAAAUACUCCUUUAGGCAGUUGGAAAUACAGGCAAGGACACACGACUAGUUAUGGGAUGAUGUGGCGUUAUCAUCAUGGAGGCGACCCUUCAAGCCAAGGAGGUAGUUGAGCUAAACAGUGGAGUGUGGACGUAGCAUAUCAGAGGAUACCUGUAUUUAGGAAGUAGGAGCAAAGAAAUGAUAAGCGCACUCAGAAAGCUGAGAGGAGAACAGGGAAAGUGUGGUCAGCUGGGAGCCUGGGAGACCUGAAGAAACUAGGGUCUAAGAAGGCGUUAGUGGUUUCUGACUUAGGAGUAAGAGAUGAGACCUGAAGAAAGGCCUUGGGAUUUGACAAGGAGGAGAUCCCAUUAAUGGGAACAGUUUUGUAGAAGUGCUGGGAGAGGGGGUAAGCAGAAAAGGGAUGGGUGUGUAGGAGGUAGAACAGAAGGCAUAGAUGUGCAGAGGGGUUGGCAGUGAAGUGGGAGGAGCAAAUUGAUCAGAGCUCGGUGGAUCAGAGAUGGCGCCCGAGAACAAAUGGAAGGUUGCUUAUGCAUGUGAAGUUAGACCUGUAAUCAGCAAAGAUGAUAGAGAAUUAAUCAAAUUCGCUUUUUUUUUUUUAACGUCAUCAUCUAAGGAUGUAAGAUUGAAGUUUUGUGUGCCACCUCCUAUUUGUCUCACAUACUGAGAGUCUGACCAAGUGGAAGUUUGGGUCUGUUCAUGACACUCGCGGGGGAUCUGGCACAAGGAAUGAGAUCAUAGGUGUGACCAACAUUUUAUUAUUCAGACAGAUGCCAAAAACUAAAUCCUAUAAAUGUAUGGAACCAUUUGUUGUCAUGAAUAACAAUUUAUUUUUUCCUUUUGAUAAGACCAGUGGGGAUGACUAGUAGAAGUUAUUUGGCUUCACCUGUUUAAAAUAUUUCAUUGAGAAAAGAUACUAGAGUCCUAAUGUCAGAAGUGCUAAGAUAACGGUAUGUUAUUUUAGAUUGGGGAGGUGGGGAUUGAUUUCUAACUCCUGAUUGCUCAUUAAAAUGUAAAUUGAGGCAAGGGGUGGGCAGGUCCCAGCUUAAGCCCAGACAUGCCCACUGCUGCGGGACUGGUGUUAAGAUCUUUGAAGGCUUUCAGCACUCCUACCUGUGGAGGCUUUUGCCAUGUCCUAUCAAACAGGUUAAAAAUACACCCAUGUCCACUCAGUGAAGUGAGCUUGUACAGAACCAUAUGAGUUAAGCUUCAUUUGACUAGUAGUAGACAAUACAACUAGUCAGUCAGCUUUGUAGUUUUCUUUCCAUUUAUUGCAUCCAGUAAUUUUUUUUUUUUCCCCCACAUCGCAAAUGUUUUCAUAGGCCCUGGAGAUGCUCAGAAGCCUCAUGGACCAUACCUCUAGUGCUGAAGGGAUGAAGCUCCCCUGUCCUGCUGGAGUCGGGCGGUGGCUGAGCCGGGUGGGGCAUGCCUGGCGGGGCAUGCCUGGCCUGGGUGGACGUGCCAGGGAUCUGUUUGUGUGAGGCACUGAGGCCCUCCUGGGAAAGAUUGUCCUAAGGGAAGCUGAAGUAACUUUUAGUUAGGAGUGUUUUGUUGCAAGGUUCAGGAAUCCAUUCAGAGCAUUUUGAAGAAAAGGGGUUUGUUACAAGGAUGUGCACGGGCUGGGGAACUGUGGCAGGAGCACAGGCAGAGACAAGCCACCCAGUCUCCUCACAGGAUCCUAAGGCUUCUGUAGUCCUUCAGCCAGUGUGGGCCCUGCCUCUGCCUAUUCUCCUGGAAUGUCUUGGGGUUUUGACUUCUGUCACUGUGACCUGCAAAUCCACGUGACACAUCUCUCUGGAAGAUAAGAGAGCUUCUUUUUCAAGAUCAAAACAGGGGACUGGAGUGGUACCCACGUAAAGAAGCUUCAGAAAGAAGGAUUGGCGACGCACCAGGCCCCUGAGGAGCUUGCUUCCUGGAGAGGCUCCUGUCUGAUGAGUAGGGAGCAGAAUGUCAGACUGACUCUUCUAGGGGAGCCUGCAGGGGACCAAGGCCAGCCAGCAGCACCUCACUCUCGACCGCAGGGGACACUGUGCAGCCCUUUUUCUGGGAGUGAGAAGCACGAGAUUGCUGUACAAGAGGAAGAGUCCAGGGGCUUAAAAACACAAAGGUUUGCACCUUGGGAGCCCCUUGGAAUGUUGACAACUCAGGAUCUAACAGGAAGUUCUAUGUUAAUGAGUUAUAGGAUUUGUGUGGAACUAAAUGUCACUUUAUAAUUCGUAAUAGUACUGAGUGAGAAACACUAUGCAGCAAGAAGCCUUCCAUAGAAAGACAGGCAGGGAAAAGCUUAGGCUGACCUUAAACUUACUGACUGGAGCAAGCCUGAGAUAAACUGCCAAGAUGGCCAAAUAAGAGACUUUAUGAACUAGCAACCUGUAACCCUGUAACUAGAGUAGUUGUAAGGAAAUUUUCUCCUCUCAAUCACGAUACCAAAUAGGAAACAUGAUCUACAAGUGCCCCAUGUGUAGGGAAUUCUUCUCUGAGCGAGCAGAUCUUUUUAUGCAUCAGAAAAUUCACACAGCUGAGAAGCCCCAUAAAUGUGACAAGUGUGAUAAGGGUUUCUUCCAUAUAUCAGAACUUCAUAUCCAUUGGCGAGACCACACGGGAGAGAAGGUCUAUAAAUGUGAUGAUUGCGGUAAAGAUUUUAGUACUGUAACCAAACUAAAUAGACACAAGAAAAUCCACACGGUGGAGAAGCCCUAUAAAUGUUACGAGUGUGGCAAAGCCUUCAAUUGGAGCUCACAUCUCCAAAUCCACAUGAGAGUUCACACAGGGGAGAAGCCCUACGUCUGCAGUGAGUGUGGACGGGGCUUUAGUAAUAGCUCAAACCUCUGCAUGCACCAGAGAGUACACACAGGAGAGAAGCCCUUUAAAUGUGAAGAGUGUGGCAAGGCCUUCAGGCACACUUCCAGCCUGUGCAUGCAUCAAAGAGUGCACACCGGAGAGAAGCCCUAUAAGUGCUAUGAGUGUGGCAAGGCCUUCAGUCAGAGCUCGAGCCUCUGCAUCCACCAGAGGGUGCACACGGGCGAGAAACCCUAUAGGUGUUGUGGGUGUGGGAAGGCCUUCAGCCAGAGCUCCAGCCUCUGCAUCCACCAGAGAGUGCACACCGGAGAGAAGCCGUUUAAAUGUGACGAGUGUGGCAAGGCCUUCAGCCAGAGCACCAGCCUUUGCAUCCACCAGAGAGUCCACACAAAGGAGAGGAACCACCUCAAAAUAUCAGUUAUAUAAAAAGGUUUGCUAAGAGUGAAAGAUCUUAAAACCCGUAAGUGCCACUAGGAAGGAAACCCUGUAAAUACCCACAUUGACCUAAGAAAUAUUUGCAGCAAUCUCUAGCAGAACAUUCUUUGUGAAAAGGCAUACGUGGGGUUGAUUUUUUGAUUGAUGCCAGGUGUGUUCCAUCUACAGCUUGGCUUUGAACAUAAAAUCCCUCUCAGUUAUCGGCCAGGUUCCUGUCGUGGACAUGCACUUCCCGGGAUUCCGGUGCUAUGCCUUGAUAGUUGAAAUAACCUCGUUGUGUCGAGUCGAUUGUGACUCAUAGCAACCCUAUAGGAUAAAGUAGAACUGCUCCAUAGGGUUUCCGAGGAGCAACUGGUGGAUUCAAACUGCCGACCUUUUGGUUAGCAGCUAACCUCUUAACCACUGCACCACCAGGGCUCCAACAGUUGAAAUAGUACCUAAAAAAUCAUGAUCACUGCCCAACCUCCUGAGUCACCUUCUGUCUACUCUUAAAAGUUAUCCCUAAUACUUCCCCCUUUAGGGGCUCUUGCCCUCCCUUCCUCUUGAUUCAAGCAUACUGGUGAAUGCAAUUGAAAAUGGACAACUCUCACUAAGAUAGUGUGCUGGCAUUUCUGAGGUUACCACUCAGUUCAGCCCCUGUAUAUCUUCCACAUAUCCCAUUAUUUCUGAACCUACUUUAUGUCGUCAAAGUACCCAUAAAUAUCUACCCCUUCCUAGAUGGCAUUAAAUUUCACUUUAGGUUUUAGGUGACUCAUAAUAUCCAUCCACUUGGCCUGUCAGAGAAAUCAUUGGCAGACAUACAUGCCCUUGGACUUAAAAGCUUCUGUGGAUCCUGCGAAUCACUGUGUCUCUAUGUUAGUCAGACUGACUUUCUAGUGUCAUCACAUGCUUUCAACUUGAGUUAUUUGGAAAUAGCUGAAUGUAAAUAGCAGGGAGGAAGAAGCAAGCAAAGUUAUAACUUGUCUCCAUCCAGAAUUGCCCUCUCAGGCUCCUUUUGUGACACACGAGCUCCUGACGUAGCUGGAGGAGACCUUGGGAAAAGUGGGUGGUAGGAGGAGUCACCGGGAGAACUUGGUCCCUGUUUCUGUGAUCUUGGGCAAUAAUGCAUAGGCGUCCUCUGUACCCCUUCAUCGGGGACUGUGCACCAGUUCCUUUUUGGGCGUGAUUGUCUGUUGUUAAUCAUCGUUCUUUUCUUUCGUCAUUCAUUCAUUCAACAAAUAUUUACUGAACGCCUCCUGUGUGCCAGGCACUGUGCGGGGUGCUGGGAAUACCGCUGAGUAAGACAGACAAGGUCCCUGCUCUCAUGGAGUCUACUUCUGGUGGAGGAGACAGAUGAUAAGUAAACAGAUAACUAAUGUAGUUGAGAUAGUGAUUAAGUGCUAUGAAGAAAAUAAAAUAGGGUGAUGAUUUAGAGUGUUGGGGGGCGGGGGUGGGGGCAACCUUAGAUAGCGGUCAGGGAAGGCCUUUCCAAGGGGUGAAGCUGAGACCGGAGGGAUGAGCGGCCCCGCUGGCCGUGCCGAGGCCUGGGGUAGGGCAGGUGGAAGGCCAGCGGCAGCUGGAGGAGGGUAGCAAGCAGUGGGAGGGGUGGGUGCUGAGUUGCUCAGUAUCCUGACUUUUAUAGGCCUGGGGUUUUUUUUUGUUUGUUUCAUUUUGGGUUUUUUUUUUUGCUAGAUUGAUAUUAAAAACUCAUGUGGAGGAACUCAAGGAAUGUUUAGAAGACCAAAAGUCCCCAAUGACAAGAACAAAAAGCAACCAGUUUUUACCUUUGUUUUUCUUCUCAUUCCUGUUUUCACUGAUUUCCCUCACGUAGUCCUUUUGCUCAGGAAGUCUUUGGGGAAAUUAAGGAUCUUUGACACUCUGAAAUGGGUGAUCAGGUUAGUGAUGUCUGUCAGCUGUCUAAGAGGUUGGAAAAUGAACUACUCACAAUAUCAUGGAAAUACUGAAACAGAGUUUGAUUUUUCUCUCCAUAUUUGAAUUAAUUUCUUCUGUUUGACUGGAAGGGGCUUUUGUAUAACUAAAACCUCAGCGCAUAAAGGAGGCCCAGAAGGAGCACAGCUUUAGUGGGUGAAAUAUGCACCUCGAGAUGGGGUUUUGGGGUAAAUUUGUUGAUGCCUGGGUUCUAAUCCAGACAUCUCUGCUAACAGCUUUUGGUACGUCACUUUGCAAACAUCUCCUCCUUUUCAAAAAGAGAGGGCUGGCGUAGUUAUUUAGUAAAGCCCCUUCCAGGCCUGAAUUCUGAGACUUUGAUUUCCUGUAGUGUCUGUCACUCUUUCAUGUCACAACAGUGUGGAGCAUUAGAGAAAAGCCUAGAUCUUAGUUGAUAGAGAGCCAGUUGAAAUAUCAUUGAUAGAAUUUUAGUUUUAGGAAAAAUUGGUUUGAUUUCUAGCUUUAUUACUAUUAGGUAUGUGAGCUUGGGCAAUUCGCUUAAUCUUCGAGUCUAGUUUUCUCACUUACACAAUGAGGAUAUUAGGCUAAAUGAUCUCCGAGUUUCCAGCUAGUCCUAGAGUUCUAUAUUUCUACAUAGUUGAAUUAUUUUAUCAUGCUGUUGCUGGGGAAUAUGACUAACACUUUUGAAGCUACUAAUUUUAUGUCGAGCUUUAAAGUCCAUAAUUGUUAUCUUCGGGAAAUAUUAUUUGACCUACAAUAUGUCCAAAUCAAUUUAAUAAAAUCACUUUAUAACAGGG